AUGAUCCGACCCACGGUUUCGGGUCCCAAUUUCAUUCCGGCAAACCAAGAUCAGAAUCUACACUGUGAGUACCACACAAGUGCUCCCGGUCACACUAUCGACAAUUGUUGGAAAUUACGGGAGGAGGUUCAGAAGUUGAUCAAUGAUAAGAAGAUCUCGUUCAAUGCCAUCAGGCCCCCGAACGUGCAAGCUAACCCUCUCCCUGAUCAUGGGUCAAGCUCGGGGCCCACCAUCAAUAUGAUCAGUGAUUGCACUAUGAGAGAGGAUGGGAGCCAACAUGAGGACCCUGCUCCAUUUGUAAUCGAGUAUGUCCCCGCGGAAGCCACUGGCCAGGUGUACACGAACCCGGAGAUCGCAGGCAAGGGUAAGGCUCCCGCUGCAUCCGGAGCUGCUCCAGAAGCCCCACCUAUCCCGCAGAAGAAGGUGACCGAAGAAGAAGUUGAGGCUUUCAUGAAAGUGAUCAAGGCGAGCGAGUACAAGGUAGUAGAACAAAUGGGUAAGUCUCCAACUCAUAUUUCACUACUCGCUCUCCUCUUGAGUUCAGAGCCUCACCGAGAAGCUCUCCUACGAGUCCUUACUGCAGCACAGGUUCCCAAGGAAACAACCCCGGAUCGGAUUGAAGAGACCGUCAGUUCGAUUUUCUCCAAUGCCAUCUCAUUUUCAGAUGACGAGCUCCCGUCCGAAGGAUGGGCACACUCACGGGCGUUGCACAUCGUCUGCAAGUGCAACAAUUUCGUUAUUGGCCGGGUCAUGAUCGACAACGGUUCCGCCCUCAAUGUUUGUCCAGUGUCCACGCUGAAGCAAAUGAAUGUGGACCUUAAUCGCGUCCGCCCGAGCAAAACCGCGGUUCGAGCCUUUGACGGCUCACGGAGGGAAGUGAAUGGGGAGAUCGACCUCUUGAUCGAUGUCAACCCGUGCUCAUUCAGCGUCACAUUUCAGGUCCUUGACAUCCCGAAUGCUUUUAGCCUGCUCCUCGGGAGACCAUGGAUCCACUCAGCUGGAGCCGUUCCCUCGUCCCUGCACCAAAGGAUCAAGUUCAUCGCGGAUGGUCGGCUCAUUACGGUCAAAAGUGAAGAGGACUACGCUAUCUACAAGGAAACGACUGUCCCUUAUAUUAGCAUCGGAGACGAUGAGAACCUUCCAUUCCAUUCAUUUGAGACCAUCUCUGUCAUUCGGGACUAUGGAGAGGUUCGUCCGUCUCGUGCUGACCGCAUGGUUGGGAAGGUCCUCCUGCAUCACAACUAUGUUCCCGGUACCGGGCUUGGAGCACAGGGGCAGGGGAUCAAUUGCCCCAUCGAGAUUGAAGAGUACAAGAACAGGAGGGGACUCAGUUUUCACCCUUCCUGCCACGAGAUUAUCGAGGCACGCAGGGGCAAGCACCCCCACUGUCUCGCCGCGCAUUACGGGAAGAUCAACAGGGGCAUUCCGGUUCCCUCACUCUCUCACUUUUUUCCCGCACCGCCGCACAUCAUCGGAGGUAUUCUUGACGGCCCUUUCUCGGUUUUAGAGGAUGAGCCUGUCGAUCUGUCAGCCAUAUGCGCCGUCAUUGAGGAAACUCCUUUAGGGGUCCAUAUUCGUCUCGCACAGGAGAAUGAGGAGGUUAACAACUGGACCUCAGUCCCGCGCUACUCGGUUGUGAUCGCAGAUGUGUAA